AUGGAUCUCAUGCUCACUCAGAACAGAAUUGACACUGGCCACUUCGGGAGUUGAGACACUGGAAUACUUUUUAUCACACAGACAGACUAGACAUGGGACUGCACAGCGUUGAAGAGCUGGUCACUGGUAAAAGGUGUGAGGGAAAGGAGGUAGGCCAGCACCUAUCGGGGGCGUGUUCAGAGAGUGUGUACGAGGCAGCCAUCAACCAGGAGAAACAGGAUGGCCGGAGGUCACACAAAGACCUCAUCCCAGAGGAGAAUGAGAACAGCACUCAUGAGGAGAUCACAGUUGUCAAUCUCAAUACCGACAAAUCAGGCCGGCUGAAACUAGAGACCGUGGAUGACCUUUUCAACAUCCUGAAACUGAGGAAGAGGAGGAGGGAGAGGAAGGUGCAGAACAGGAAAGAACCUGAGCCAGAGAUCAUUCCCGACACAGUCGAUGAAGACACGUUCCUGAAAGCAGCUAUGGAAAAUAAACUGCCUGUGAUUGAGAAGUACCUGUCAGAUGGAGGUGACCCCAACGUCGGUGAUCAUUUCCUAAGGACAGCACUACACAAAGCCUCAUCCAAGGGCCAUGUAGAGAUUGUGAAGAGACUGCUGGAGGCUGGGGCUUCCAUUGAGAAGAAAGACAGAUUGGAUGCCACUUCAGUACACUGGGCCUGCAGGGGAGGCAGCCUGACUACUCUGGAGCUGCUUCUCAAUGAAGGAGGGAAGUUCAACUCCAGAGACAAGGAUGGAGACACACCCAUGCACGAUGCUMUGAGGAUAAACCGAUUCAAAAUGAUCAGGCUGCUGCUGAUGUAUGGAGCCAGUCUUAAAACUAAGAACAGUGAAGGCAAGUCCCCUAGUGAGAAUCUUCUGGCAUGGCAGAGUGGUGCUAAAAACCUCCUGUGUAACAUCAACAAUGACAAAUCUGUUAAAUAGAACAAUGACUUCUCAAGGUCUUGGGGAGAUCUAUGGCUAUUGAAAUCCAUCCAUUUAUUCAGAUUGUCAUUGAUAACUGAUACUGAUAGAAUUGUUGAAUGACGAUAUUGCUGGCCAAUGUUAGGGCUGUAGCUUCCAUGCAUUUUGAUGUUGAAGUUGGCUAUUGAGAUUCUGGGGAGAUUUAUGUGAUUGUUGGUUUUUAUUAUAUAUAUUUUUUUCACCUUUAUUUAACCAGGUAGGGCAGUUGAGAACAAGUUCUCAUUUACAACU